UUGUGAUUGUAAGACCCCUUAUGUUUAAAAAAAUGUAGGGUUAUAUUAGAGUAGAAUAAUUCAUUGUUAUUAUUUUGUAUAAACUUGAAUCUAUUCAAUUAAAUUUUGUCAAAAUGGGUAAAGUAAUGUCCGUAGUGUCCCGUAAAAUAAAUCGGUUUAAUGUUGAGAAUAGAGCUCAUCGGGUAUUGGAGAGGGACAAGCCCACACCGGCACCUAAAUAUGAAUCAAAUUUAAGGGACAUGGAACGAACAGUAGAAUUGGAUCCCAAUUUCGUGGAAAAACUGAAUAAAAAAGACGAGGCAUUGGAUAAACGACUAAAAAAUGUUUAUGUAACAUCCGAGGAUAGAUUUAUAGAAUAUGGAAUAAAGCGUAACGAAGAAGCAGAUCAAAAGGCACUGCCUUUGGACCGCAAAACCCCAGAAGACUUUGAAUUUGGCUAUAUGGAACCGAAAAGAGUAACACCGGGACGUUGUACUUUGAGGCAAGCCUUGAAAUUUAUAACAGACCAUCAAUCGGACCCAGAGCAAUGGACUGCGGCGAGAAUAUCAGAGGAAUAUAAACUCAAACCAGAAUUAACGGAAAAUAUACUCAAAUACUUCCGCAGCUAUAGUAUUUAUAUACCUGAUAUAAAAUCUAAAGAGACCAUACUAACGCAAGCUAAAAGAAAUCUGCUAACGGACAAGUCAGAUAAACCCAAAGAAGAGUAGUUGAUGAGACAACAAUGCAAUUUUGUUUUAUCUAAGUUAGAAGUCUCAGAAAAUUUGUUAACGGAAUGCUUAUGCAUAUACUUAUUAAAAUAGCUAAAAGUGAAAUAAUCGAAAUAAUUUAUGUUAUAUUUAUUAUUUUUA